AUGCCACUUCCUGUGCCAACCAAGGCUCCGGCCUCCAUCCCCUGCUGCCUCCUUACCUACUUCCUCGCUUUCCUCCUCCUCACCGCCAUCUUGGCCUCCUAUACUUUGGGCUUCCAACUGGUACGGGAUCCACUGAAUUUGGCUUCUCUGGGCCUCUACGGAGCUUUCUUGAGCCUCCACUUCCUUGCUCAGGGAUAUUUUGCGUACAUGGAGCUGCGAAAGCAUCAAGGACUCACCCUGCCCUGUAGCUUCUCCAAAACUGUAGCCCUCACCAUUUCUGCCUAUCAAGAGGACCCUUCCUAUUUGCGCCAGUGCCUCAGAUCAGCCCGAGACAUGGCCUACCCAAAGCACCUUCUCUCUGUGGUGAUGGUCGUCGAUGGCAACAGCCCUGAAGAUCGGUACAUGAUGGAGAUGUUCCAGGAAGUAUUUCGAUGGGAAGACUUUGGCACCUAUGUCUGGGAGGGCAACUACCACAGUCACCCAAUGACAGAGGAACUGAAGGAUUCCCAACAGCGGGAAGUGGAGACAUUGAUCAGGAGCAAGAGAUGUGUUUGCAUCAUGCAGAAGUGGGGUGGGAAACGGGAGGUGAUGUACACAGCCUUCCGAGCGCUAGGGGACUCAGUGGACUAUAUCCAGGUCUGUGACUCAGACACCAAGUUGGACCCAAUGGCGACCGUGGAACUGGUGAAGGUGCUGGAGUCGAAUGAGCACUACGGGGCAGUCGGGGGGAACGUGAAGAUCCUCAACGUAUCAGACUCAUUCAUCAGCUUCAUGAGCAGCCUGCGCUACUGGAUGGCCUUCAACAUGGAACGCGCCUGCCAGUCUUACUUUGGCUGCGUCUCCUGCAUCAGCGGCCCCCUGGGCAUGUACCGUAACAACCUGCUGCAGCUGUUCCUGGAGCCCUGGUACCUGCAGACCUUCCUGGGUAACAAGUGCACCUUUGGGGAUGAUCGGCAUCUCACCAAUCGUGUCCUGAGUCUCGGUUACGCCACCAAGUAUGCUCCAUGUUCCAUCUGCCGCUCCGAGACACCUUCCCUCCUCCUGCGCUGGGUCUCCCAGCAGACACGCUGGUCUCGUUCGUACUUCCGCGAGUGGUUCUACAUGGUCCUGUGGUGGCCCCAGCAUUCCCCCUGGCUGGCCUACGAGGCCAUCGUUUCGGGGCUGUUCCCCUUCCUGGUGGCCGGCACAACUCUGAGGUUCCUUUACAGCGGCAGCCUGUGGGGCUCACUUUGGGUGCUCAUCUGCAUCCAGAUGGGAGGCCUGACGAAAGCCUUGUAUGCCACUGCCCUCCGCCGCAAUCCCAUCAUGUUCCUGGCUUCCCUCUACUCCGCCCUCUACAUGGCUGCUCUACUGCCUACCAAGCUCUUUGCCCUGGUCACCCUGCCUUGGGCAGAGGGCUGGGGCACCUCUGGGCGGCUUCACAUCCACAUUAACUAUUUGCCCCUCCUGCCUCUGCUUGCUUGGUGGGGGGCCGUGCUGGGGGGAUUGAGCUUCACCCUCUACAAAGAGGCUGCAAGAGGCUGGAGGGAUAUGGAAGUCCUGGCCUACGGGUUAUCUGCCUGCCUGGCCCACUGGGGGAUUCUGCUUGGCUUCUACUUGGUGUGGGUGCGCCGGGCCUGCCAGCGCCGCUGUGGAAGCUACCAGUUAGAGCAAGUCAAGGGGGUUUGGGAUGGUGGAGAGUUGGGCAUCCCUGGAAGCAUCAGUUCAGCAUUGCCUACUCUCAGCAGCUUCGGGAAGAGAGAAGAAGCAUCGCUCACUCAAGUCCUGCUGAAGAUGCUGCUGGCGGUCUGUGGCCUGGCUUUCCUCGCUGGGCUGAUGUCAAAUGGCUCCAUCAUCUUCAUCGUCUCCUGUGGCAAGGAGAGGACCGUCGACCUGCUGUGGUCCCUCAACCUGGCUGUCACCGAUUUCGUCUUCGUCUUGCUCCUCCCCAUCAGAGUUUGGUCCAUGAGUACAAAUUUUGAUUUGCUCCUGACAGUGAGCAGCAGUGUCACAGCCUUACACGUGGUCUCCAGGGCUUUCUUCUUGGCCGCCAUGACUGCUAGCUGCAGUGUCUCCGUGGCCUCCCCUGCGUGGCUUGAGGGGUCCAAGGCACUCCACUGGGCUUUUGUGGCUGCUCUGGUUAUCUGGGCCUUGUCCUUCGCAUUCAGUGUACGUUAUCGUGACCUCUGGGAAGCAACCAUGUUGUCCAAAGAACCCAAAACUGAGGUAGCCUUCUUCCUGGCUUAUUUCAGCUCUUGUCUUGAUGCCAUCAUCCGCCUCUCCAUGAACGGAGGGUUUGGAAACCAUCUUCAACGGUCUGGCAACUGGCACACUCCAGGGUGCCAACAUCCCAAAGCCCAGCAGUUGGAGACUUUGGCUUAG